AGUCGGAGCCCUGGACGCCAGCGUCUUCACCACCGCCUGGGCUUAAGGAGGAGCCGAGGACCGGUAACCGGCGACGGAGGGCCCGGAACAGGACGGGACCUGCAGAACCUCGGGGCAUCAAACACUAGAGUGGAACCGAUGCUGUCCAUGGAGCUGGUGGACAAGGCAGGUAGGCUGUGGUGAUGGCACAGUUUGACACCGAGUACCAGCGGCUGGAGGCCUCCUACAGUGAUUCACCCCCUGGAGAAGAAGACUUGCUAGUGCAUGUCCCUGAGGGAAGCAAGUCACCCUGGCAUCACAUUGAAAACCUUGACCUCUUUUUCUCUCGGGUCUAUAACCUGCACCAGAAGAAUGGCUUUACCUGCAUGCUCAUCGGGGAGAUCUUUGAACUCAUGCAGUUCCUCUUUGUGGUGGCCUUCACCACCUUUCUGGUUAGCUGUGUGGAUUAUGACAUCCUCUUCGCUAACAAGAUGGUGAAUCACAGUCUGCACCCCAGAGAUCCUGUCAAAGUCACCCUGCCGGACGCUUUCCUGCCUGCCCAGGUUUGCAGUGCCAGGAUCCAAGAGAACGGCUCCCUUAUCUCCAUCCUGGUUAUUGCUGGCGUCUUCUGGAUCCACCGACUCAUCAAGUUCAUCUACAAUGUUUGCUGCUACUGGGAAAUCCAUUCCUUCUACCUCCAGGCGCUGCGUAUCCCUAUGUCCACACUUCCGUACUGCACCUGGCAAGAGGUCCAGGCGCGGAUCGUGCAGACGCAGAAGGAGCACCAGAUCUGCAUCCACAAGCGGGAGCUGACGGAGCUCGACAUCUACCACCGCAUCUUACGCUUCCAAAACUACAUGGUGGCGCUCGUCAACAAGUCCCUCUUGCCGCUGCGUUUCCGGCUGCCCGGCCUGGGAGAAGCCGUCUUCUUCACGCGCGGCCUCAAGUACAACUUUGAGCUCAUUCUGUUUUGGGGACCCGGCUCCCUGUUUCUUAACGAAUGGAGCCUGAAGGCCGAGUACAAGCGCGGCGGUCAGCGCCUGGAGCGCCAGCGCCUCAGCACCCGCAUCCUCUGGAUUGGCAUCGCCAACUUCCUGCUCUGCCCCCUCAUCCUGAUCUGGCAGAUUCUCUAUGCCUUCUUCAGCUACACGGAGGUGCUGAAACGGGAGCCGGGGGCCCUGGGCGCCCGCUGCUGGUCCCUCUACGGCCGGUGCUACCUUCGGCACUUCAACGAGCUGGAGCACGAGCUGCAGUCGCGCCUCAACCGGGGCUACAAGCCGGCCUCCAAGUACAUGAACUGCUUCCUUUCUCCCCUGCUCACGCUGCUGGCCAAGAACGGCGCCUUCUUUGCCGGGUCCAUCCUGGCGGUGCUCAUCGCCCUCACCAUCUACGACGAGGACGUGCUGGCCGUCGAGCACGUGCUCACGACCGUCACCCUCCUGGGGGUCGCUGUCACUGUCUGCAGGUCAUUCAUACCCGAUCAGCACAUGGUCUUCUGCCCCGAGCAGCUGCUGCGAGUGAUCCUGGCCCACAUCCACUACAUGCCUGACCACUGGCAGGGGAAUGCCCACCGCUCUCAGACUCGGGACGAGUUUGCCCAGCUCUUCCAGUAUAAGGCAGUAUUCAUUGUGGAAGAGCUGCUGAGUCCCAUUGUCACACCCCUCAUCUUAAUCUUCUGCUUGCGCCCACGUGCCCUGGAAAUAAUCGACUUCUUCCGAAACUUCACUGUGGAAGUUGUUGGAGUUGGGGACACUUGCUCUUUUGCUCAGAUGGAUGUUCGGCAGCACGGUCAUCCUCAGUGGAUGUCUGGGGGCCAGACAGAGGCCUCAGUUUACCAGCAGGCAGAGGAUGGGAAGACAGAGCUGUCGCUCAUGCAUUUUGCCAUCACUAAUCCUGGCUGGCAGCCACCUCGUGAGAGCACGGCCUUCCUGGGUUUCCUCAAGGAACAAGUUCAGCGAGAUGGAGCUGCAGCUGGGGUCCCCUCAGGGGGACCCCUUCCCGAAAAUGCUCUUUUCACUUCUAUCCAGUCCUUACAGUCUGAGUCAGAGCCACUAAGCCUGAUUGCGAACGUGGUGGCGGGUUCGUCGUGCCGAGGUCCCCCCCUGCCCCGGGAGCUGCAGGGCUCCAGGCACCGGGCUGAAGUUGCCUCCGCCCUUCGGUCUUUCUCCCCACUGCAGCCAAGCCAGGGCCCCACAGCCCGAGCGCCCGGUACUCUGAGUGGCUCAGGGGUGGAUGCCCGGACAGCCAGUUCUGGAAGCAGCGUGUGGGAGGGGCAGCUGCAGAGCCUUGUGCUAUCUGAAUAUGCUUCCACAGAGAUGAGCCUUCAUGCCCUCUACAUGCACCAGUUGCACAAACAGCAAGCACAGGCAGAACCAGAGCGGCACGUGUGGCACCGACGGGAGAGUGACGAAAGUGGCGAGAGCGCCCCCGAAGAGGGAGCCGAGGGCUCUCGGGCCCCUCCCAGCCUCCCUCGCUCCGCCAGUUACCCUUGUGCUGCUCCUCGGCCCGGAGCCCCAGAAACCACUGCUCUUCAGGGGGCCUUCCAGCGGCGCUACGGGGGGAUCACCGAUUCGGGCUCUGCACCCCGGGCUCCCUCUCACUUCUCCCGCCUCCCCCUCGGAGGGUGGGCAGAGGAUGGGCAGUCAGCGUCACGGCAUCCCGAGCCGGUGCCAGAGGAGGGCUCCGAGGAUGAGCUGCCACCCCAGGUCCACAAGGUAUAGCCCUGGCUGAGGAAGGCCCUAGGGCCUCGAUGAGCAGAAGUUAUCCUCGACCCCCAUGUGGCUGAGAUCAGCUGGACACGGGGCUCCCUUGGGAUUUGCUGCCUGGCUGUGCUGUGUUUGUCUGAGUGGGGCCCAGGGAAGUGCCAACUCUGUACUCAAAGUAGAUCCAGAGAGCGGAAGGCCAGUCCUGGCAGCUGUAGGGCCUGGGGACACUGGACAUUGGCGCAGUCCUGGCUGCCGGGCCCUGACUGCUGGCCCUACCCCCCCAAGCUUCACAGUGUGGUGCUAGGAACCAGCCCCCAAAUCCCGGCCGCAGCACUGCCACCUCCCCUUGCUACUGCCUGCCCUGCCCGGGCCAUGCCAACUGGGGUGCCCGUGCCAACAGUGGGGAAGCUGGGCCUGGGCCCUUCCCCCUCCUCGUUUGGGUGGGAGUCGAGGUGCUGAAAGACCGUGGACCCACCCUGCCCUCCCCCUUCCCCCCUCGGCCCUGCCUGCUCCCCUGCUCCCCGGGGUUUGUGUGUUUGCCCAUUUGCCCUGCUAGGGCUUGGCUUAUGCUUUGCACAGCUCCCUCUGGCCGAGAUGUGGCCGGAGACCCCCGAGGGAGGGCUUUGCUUUGUUUUGGGUUUUUUUUUUUUAAUCGCCGGAGCGGGACUUUGGAGCUCCUGAUUUCCUAGGGUUUGGCCCUCCCCCUUUCAUAGAUUGGGCCCCUCGGAUCCUCCCCUAGGUCCUUCCAUUCUUAGUCCUCCUGCUGCUGGUCGCCACCUGUCCUGUUCCCGCAAUCUCCUGCUUUGGAAGUGGGGCUGGCUCUGCUCCAGGAUUUUGAUUACCCACCAGGACUACACUUCCCGGCUUGCAGCGCGCAAGGGCGGGGUCGCUGCUCCCCCUCUGGCCCUCGCUGGCGCGUUGCAUGCUGGGAUUCAAAGUCGCUACGCCGGGCACCGGUAACCACCGACCGAUUUGCCGUGGUGGCUUUGGAUCCGGAGUGGCGGAGCUCGCCCUGUAGGGCCGUGUACAGCUGGACGGCAUUGAAUAAAAGAGGGACUUUGA